AUGGCAUCCUCUCUUACACUUCUCGUUUCUUUCUUGACAAUCACUUCCGUGGCUGCCACGCCCAUUACUGGAAGAUCUCCUCAACCUAGAGCUUCCCUUGAGGAGACCAAGAGGUACUGGGAGAACAAGGGCAAAGAACACCAUGACGACAACAAGAAGGUGUUUUACUUUGAUAAGGUCUUCGUUGUCAAAGCUACCCCAGACCAGGUUCGCAAUGGCACUACACCGGCCCCUGGCGAGCCAGGCGCAAAGGGCCUUUACAAGCUUGGAAUCAACAAAGAAUACAACACCGUCUGCUACAACAUUGUUCUGUCUGGGGUGACCGGUGAAUACUCUUCACCUGCAGUUACAGCAACUCAUCUUCAUGAGGCCGCUCGAGGAGCAUCUGGCCCACCACGGCUCGCAUUUCAGAACCCUCAAGGCCCAGAUGAUAAGCGUGUCUCAUGUGGUUGCCUCACAGGACCCUUCACCACUGGCAUAGUAAACAAUGGCGUGGAUACUGGAGCCAAUUUCCAUGUCAGCCAGAUUAUCGACAAUCCCGCUGGUUUCUUUGUGGAUACUCACACCAAAAAGUAUACUCUUGGUGCAGUCCGAGGUCAGUUGGAGUAG